CAAUGAUGUAAAGCACGGUGCUGCAAUAAGAAAAGAAGAAAAGGGGGAAGAUGAUAAGAAGUGGGGGCGGAUCACUUUUACUAAAAUAUCAGCACAGGAAACAACUGUGCAGACGGUGAAUGUCAGAAAUGAAAAGAGGAACCAACAUAACCGACUGGAGUUAAAUAAUCUUACUGAGAAUUUCUUCACCCAAGAACAACAUGAAGAGUUUCCUUCUGCUCAUCCUCUCACUGAUGACAGGCUGUGAGGCCUCGUCUGAAGUGAGGGGAUGUAAAGGAGGAUGGGUUGAACUCACCUGCAAAUAUCCAAAAGCAAAUCAGGAAUAUCAAAAGAUAGAGGUUAUUAAACCCAGAGGACAAAACAUACGAAGCACUAAAAAGUAUAAGUGGGAAAAGGACGGCAGAUUUUCCCUGUACCAUGAUACAAGAAAUAAAAAUCUCAGGAUGGCCAUUAAACAACUUAAAAGUGAGGACUUUGGGGACUACAAAUGUAAAUUUGAGCAAGAAGAUUUCUCAUUCUAUGACUCCAGGGAACAGGAACUGGAACUGGAAGUUGGUAAGAGAUCUGGGGAGUACAACUAUGAAUUUUACCAAGAAGGUUUCUCAUUCUAUGGACCCAGGGAACUGGAACUGAGAGUCGUGAAAGAUGUCUGCCAGACACCAUUUACUCAAACUGCGUAUGAAACAGCUAAAACCACCAUCACAUGUGAUUACCCUAACGAAUACAACUCCAGUGUCAAGUUUAUCUGCAAAGACAACAAUGAAAUCUGUGAGGAGAUUUUAUCAACACAAUCUUCUGUAAAGUCAAACGGGACAUUCACUCUCACAGACACCAACAGUGGCUUCAACAUGUCCAUCAGUAAUGUGAGCUCACAGCAUGCUGGUGUCUACUGGUGUGGAGUCAAAUCAAAUAAAGGAAAUUACAGAGUUUCACGCAGAAAAAUACAACUGCAGGUUGAAGGUGUUACUAUCACCAAAAGAUCCCCAACUAUUGGACAGGAUUUCACAUACUGGUGUGUUUACUCAAAGAAUAAAUUAAUGCCCAAUAAUAAAUUCAUCUGUAAGGGAGAAGAUCCAUCUAUAUGUCAACCUCUAUGGAACACCGCAAACCUCAAUACGAACACUGGGAAGUUUUCAAUGGAGGAUGACACAUACAGGAGAAAAAUCACCAUAACUGUGAGAAACAUAACAACAAACGACACUGGGACAUACUGGUGUGGAGCAGAAAACAAUAGACGCAGUAAAACAUUCUUCCACAAACUGGAGAUGACUGUAGGUGAGUGGACAUGUUAUUUUAUUGCUAGGAGGUUAUAUUCAGUUCACUUCAAAUCUUAAUUUUCACACGCAAAGAGAGCAGUUAAUUGCACUGUACAAUGAAAUUCUUAUUUUGUGCUCCCCUCUGGCUGCCAUGGAUAAUUAAACUUAAG